CUCUUCCCGUGGUGCUUUGCGGACGCAGAAGCCCAGAAGUAGAAGAUCGUAAACUGUAUAUUGUUUUGUCGAUAAUAACACGGCUCAAUUUGGUGUUACUAAGAGGAACAUCAUCGCCGAGAAUAUUUGACACCACAUAACAGAGAGCGUGUAUCGCGGGCACGGUGUCAUGGAUCAAGACUAUGAGAGCAGACUGCUUAGGCAGAUCAACAUCCAAAAUGAGAAUGCCAGCCCUGUUAAAGUUGUGCGAGCUUUGACACCCACCAGCUCCCCCCUGUCCUCUCCGAGCAAGCAUGGUGAUCGGUUCAUUCCCUCCCGGGCAGGAGCCAACUGGAGUGUCAACUUUCACCGCAUCAAUGAAAUUGAAAAGUCACACAAUCAAAACAGAAAAACCAAAGAUGGCACAACAGACAGCAGCAAAGCAGAUGGCCUGGCUUACUCCGCUCUUCUUAAAAAUGAGCUGCUUGGGGCUGGUAUAGAAAAGGUUCAGGACCCUCAGUCAGAAGAUCGCCGUUUAUUGCCAUCUAGUCCCGCCAAAAGAAGCCUUUUUAGCUAUUCUGUAAGUACAAAAAGGGCUUUGUCUGAAGAAGAUGGAAAUACUGUGUCUCCAUAUUCUCUCUCUCCAGUCAGUAGCAACAGUCAGAAACUGUUGCGCUCACCAAGAAAACCUACGCGCAAAAUCUCUAAAAUUCCGUUCAAAGUUCUGGAUGCUCCUGAACUUCAAGAUGAUUUCUACCUCAAUCUAGUAGACUGGUCUUCUCUAAAUGUGCUGAGUGUUGGUCUAGGUACCUGUGUUUAUUUGUGGAGUGCGUGCACCAGCCAGGUGACACGUCUAUGUGAUCUUUCUGUGGAAGGAGAUUCAGUAACAUCGGUCGGCUGGUCUGAAAGGGGUAAUCUGGUGGCAGUGGGUACACAUAAAGGUUAUGUGCAAAUCUGGGAUGCUGCAGCUGGAAAAAAAUUGUCUGUACUAGAAGGACACACUGCAAGAGUGGGUGCACUGGCAUGGAAUGCAGACCAGCUGUCAUCUGGAAGUCGUGAUCGAGUGAUUUUACAGCGAGACAUCCGAGCUCCACCUCUUCAAUCAGAGCGACGCCUCCAAGGACAUCGGCAGGAAGUGUGUGGGCUCAAGUGGAGUACUGACCAUCAGCUCCUCGCCUCCGGUGGAAAUGAUAACAAGCUGCUGGUGUGGAAUCACUCAAGUGUCCUCCCAGUCCAGCAGUACACUGAGCACCUGGCUGCAGUUAAAGCUAUUGCAUGGUCUCCACACCAACAUGGGCUGCUAGCCUCUGGAGGUGGCACUGCAGACCGCUGCAUCCGCUUCUGGAACACGCUGACUGGGCAGCCGCUUCAGUGUACCGACACUGGCUCUCAGGUCUGCAAUCUGGCCUGGUCCAAGCAUACUAAUGAACUGGUUAGCACUCAUGGAUAUUCACAAAACCAGAUUUUGGUGUGGAAAUAUCCUUCUCUUACACAAGUGGCCAAACUAACAGGGCAUUCAUACAGGGUACUCUAUCUGGCUAUGUCCCCUGAUGGUGAGGCAAUAGUGACCGGAGCAGGGGAUGAAACACUUCGAUUUUGGAAUGUUUUUAGUAAAAUGAGAUCAACAAAGGAGUCUGUGUCUGUGCUGAACCUCUUCACUAGGAUUCGGUAGUGAGCAAACUCUGGGCUACUAGGGGACACUCACUUUGAACUCUUAAAGCAUAAUGAUGGGCCCUUCUUUGAGUAUUUACCUGCAGUUUGUCAGGGGACCAAGGGUGAUAAGCCAAGUUGUUGAGCAAACAGUGUUCCACAUCAGAGAUUGAGCCACUGUUCACAGUAGCCUUGAUGAAAAGAGGCACCAUAAUGUUAUGUUUACAGACUGACAUUGUGCAUAUCUGCCAAAUAUCACGUUUGUCAUUUGAUUGUCUAUUUAUUUUUACUUUUUUAUUAUUUUAACAUAAUCUAGCACAUUUACGUUUGUUAGAAUUUACCUUUUGAAUGUGGAGUUUUUGGUUUGAUCUGUGGAGUAUGUUUGGUUUUCAAAGAGAUCAGAGAAUGCAAAAGAAUAUGUGUCUUGUAUUACCGUUUGCUGCAAACGGCUGAAACAAAUGUGUACAAGAAAACUGCCAAUAUGUAGAGAAGACUUGAAGCAAAAAAACCUGAACUAUGGAACAUUUAUUUUAUGCAAGUAUUAACUGAUGUACACAUGAAAAAUCCAUAAAAACAUUUUAAAAU